UGUUGAGAGUAUCGUUAUGGGUAGAUGAGUUAGCAGGCAAAUUGCAAUUUUUCAAGGGUGUGUGGGUGGGCAAAUUACAAUUUGUCAAGAACAGAUGGGUGGAUAAUCAAGGAUGGGUGGGUGGUAAUCAAGGAUGGGUGAGUGGGUAA